AUGGCCUUUCAAGGUGCUUCUACCUCUUCCCUUUCUUCCUUCACUCGUUGGUGGACUUAUGAUGUAUUCUUGAGUUUUAGGGGUGAAGAUACUCGUCAAAAUUUCACUGCCCAUCUCCUUCAAGCAUUGGAUCGAAAGAAAAUAAACACAUACAUAGAUUACAAGCUUCGAAGAGGGGAGGAAAUCUCAGAAGAACUUCUCAAAGCUAUUGAGAGCUCAAGGAUCUCAAUUGUCGUCCUCUCAAAAAACUAUGCAUCAUCCACAUGGUGUUUGGAUGAGUUGAUGAAGAUCCUAGAGUGUAGAAAAACGAAGCAACAAAAAGUACUACCGGUGUUUUACGGUGUAAAUCCAAUAGAAGUGCGACAUCAGAGAGAGAGUUUCGGAAAAGCAUUGGCUAAACUUAAAGAGAGGUUCAAGGAUGAGUCAAAGGUGGAGAGGUGGAAAGCAACCCUAACAGAAGUGGCCGGUUUGUCUGGAUUCACUUUAGGAGAUAGGUAUACUACUUCUACUCCCUUGUAUGCCUUCAUUUAA